UUCUGUUCUGUCUGUCUGUUCUGUCAAGUCCGUAAACUCGGCAAAAUCGAAUUUUCCGUAGUAAUAUUUUUCAAUUGAUUUGUAUGAAAGAAAUAUGCGAUAAUGCGUAACCCUAAUUUGUAAUUCUAAUGGUGACGUGUACAAAAGUCAUUUUUCGAGGUUGUCGUUUAAAUUAAGUGUAUUAUGGUGUCUAACGAGAUGCAGUCGUCAUUGGAUGAUUUAGUCCAAUAUACACAGCUAUUUAAGCCUGUAGCGACUGUUCUGCAAGGGACAGUGCUGCCUUUUCUCAUAUUAUAUCCGGUGAUAUUUUAUUCAUGGAUCGUGGUGUACGGUUUCGAGGAUAACGUGGAGGCAGGAUUCGUGGUCGUCGCCGUCGUGGCCACGAUUCAAAUCCUUGUUUGUUUAUGUUGCUAUUGGAGUGUCCACAUACAAUGUUUCCUAUCGUGUUCUAAGGUAAAGGACCCCAUACAAGCUGAGAUUGUCAAAGUCGUACCAACUCCAAACAAUGGAUUUUCUGAAAUUGUCAAGUUGCAUCAUACCAAGUCAACGAAGAAAGGUAGUCUCAACCCCGAUGUGUGGUUCAUGUUUCAAAAGAGUAAAUAUGUCUAUGACUGGGACAAGAAGACCUUCAGCACAGUCGAGUUUCCAAUCAACAAGACCCAUGACCACUACCUGGAGUCCAAGGGGUAUGCUGAUGAUGAAGCCAUUGAAAUGGCAGAAAAGGAAUUCGGGAAAAAUGAGAUGAUCAUGGUGGUGCCAGAAUUCAUGGAACUAUUCAAAGAACGGGCAACAGCUCCAUUCUUUGUAUUCCAAGUUUUUUGCGUAGCUCUAUGGUGCCUAGACAAGUACUGGUACUACUCGAUUUUCACCCUCGUCAUGUUGGUCAUGUUUGAGUGUACACUGGUCCAACAGCAGCUUAGGAACAUGUCCGAAAUCAGAAAAAUGGGCAACAAGCCAUACAACAUCAAUGUUUACAGGAACAGAAGAUGGCGACAGAUGUUAAGUGACCAGUUGGUGCCGGGGGACAUUGUCUCCAUCACACGCUCCACUAACGAUAACCUUGUUCCUUGUGAUAUAGUCCUCUUAAGGGGCUCCUGUAUAGUAGAUGAAUCUAUGUUGACUGGCGAGAGCGUCCCACAGAUGAAGGAACCACUAGAAAAUGAAAAGAACACACAACAGCAUUUAGAGCCGGAGGGCGACGGAAAAUUACAUAUGCUCUUUGGCGGAACCAAAAUUGUUCAACAUUCAUCGCCAAGUAAAACAUCAGGUCUGAAAGCACCUGACAAUGGAUGUAUUGGCUAUGUCAUUCGGACAGGAUUUAACACUUCACAGGGUAAACUUUUAAGGACUAUUUUGUUUGGAGUCAAAAGAGUCACUGCCAAUAAUCUAGAAACGUUUGGAUUUAUUUUGUUCUUAUUGAUAUUCGCGAUCGCAGCCGCUGCAUAUGUUUGGGUGAAGGGCUGUGAAGAUCCUGAACGAAAUCGUUAUAAGUUAUUUUUGGAGUGCACUUUGAUAUUGACAUCUGUUGUUCCUCCAGAACUACCUAUAGAGCUGUCUCUAGCGGUGAACACAUCUUUGCUCUCCCUAUCGAAACUAGCAGUAUUUUGUACAGAACCAUUUAGGAUACCUUUUGCUGGUAAAGUUGAAAUUUGCUGUUUCGACAAAACCGGCACUUUGACCAGCGACAACUUGGUUGUAGAAGGUGUCGCUGGCAUCGGCGAUCAUAAAGACGCCACUGUCAUUCCGCUCUCUGAAGCCCCUAUGGAAACAAUACAAGUAUUAGCAUCGUGUCACUCACUCGUUCAACUAGACGACGGAAUAGUAGGAGAUCCAUUAGAAAAGGCAACUUUGAAGGCUGCCGAAUGGAACCUAACGAAAGGCGACGCUAUAGUGCCAAAGAAAGGUAGAUCACCCGGUCUGAAGAUCGUCCACAGAAACCACUUCGCAAGUGCCCUUAAGAGGAUGUCGGUGAUCGCCGGUUACCAGGUGACCGAGCGUGGGUUCAUAGAGACUCACUAUAUCAGCAGCGUCAAGGGCGCGCCAGAAACGAUCAAGUCUAUGCUGAAAGAGGUUCCUAGUCAUUACGACCACGUUUAUUUGACGUUGUCACGCAGGGGCGCCAGGGUCUUAGCCUUAGGUUAUAGGAAUUUAGGAAAAUUAAGCUCUCAAGAAAUCCGUGAUCUGUCGAGGGAAGAUAUAGAAUCCGAUUUGACGUUCGCCGGAUUCGUGAUCAUUUCGUGUCCACUGAAAGCGGAUUCGAAGAAGGCUAUAGCGGAGAUAGUUCACGCAUCACAUUCCGUAGUUAUGAUAACUGGUGACAAUCCUUUGACGGCAUGUCACGUGGCUAAAGAGUUGAACUUUACGCAGAAGGAAGUUCUGAUUUUGACGCAGACUAAAGAAGAUUGGGGAUGGAAGUCUAUAGAUGAGGAAGUGUUUUUGCCAGUGCAGCCGUUUAAGACGAGCAAGCAGUUGACAUCUAAGUUUGACCUGUGUGUCACUGGGGAGGGUUUGAACCAUUUGAAUGAGAGUUACUACAAGUUCAUGAUAGACCUGAUGCCCCACAUCAAGGUGUUCGCACGUUUCGCGCCGAAGCAGAAGGAGUUUGUGGUGGUGACGCUGAAGGCCCUCGGGUAUUCGACUCUGAUGUGCGGCGAUGGCACUAACGAUGUGGGAGCGCUGAAACAUGCCGAUGUGGGCGUAGCGAUCCUCGCCAACGCUCCCGAGCGGCUCCGCGAGCGGCCAGCGCCGGCUCCGGAGCCCGAGCCGCCGCGGCGGGCCCGCGACCCGCGCGAGGCGCGCGCGGAGGCCCGCGCCGAGGCCGCGGCGAGGCUGCGCCGAGCUAUGAAGAAGUUGGAGGAGGAAGAUCAACCACAGUUGGUUAGAUUGGGAGAUGCGAGCGUCGCUGCGCCGUUCACUAGUCGGCUCUCUAGUAUUUUAUGCAUUUGCCACAUCAUUAAGCAAGGUCGUUGCACACUGGUGACGACCCUCCAAAUGUUCAAGAUCCUCGCCCUCAACGCGCUAAUAUUGGCAUACAGCCAAUCGGUGUUAUACUUGGACGGCAUCAAGUUUAGCGACACACAGGCGACGCUGCAAAGCUUGCUGUUGGCGUCCUGCUUCUUGUUCAUAUCGCGGUCUAAGCCUCUAAAGCAGCUGUCGAAACAACGUCCGCUGCCGAACAUCUUUAACGUGUACACUAUAAUGACGGUGCUCACACAAUUCGCGGUGCAUUUCCUCUGUCUGGUUUACUUAGUCCGUGAAGCCACAGAGCGGUCGCCUGGCAGAGACACGAAGCCGAAGCUAGAUAUGGACUUAGCGGAAGACGAAGAACGCGAAUUCGCGCCCGAUCUGCUUAACAGCACCGUGUAUAUUAUAUCUAUGGCGCUGCAGAUAUCCACAUUUGCGAUCAACUACAGGGGCGAGCCAUUCAUGGAAGGUCUCCGAGACAACAAGCCCCUACUAUACAGCAUUGUGAUAUCCGGCGGCGCUGUGUUAGCACUGGCAGCAGGAAUACUGCCAGACCUUUCUAGCAUGUUCGAGAUCGUCUACUUCCCGCCUGAUUACCGGCUCAUCCUAGUACAAGUUCUAAUAGCCGACAUGGUGUUGGCCUACCUAGUCGACCGCGCCUGCCUUUGGCUAUUCGGCGAAGGCCGGUCACUCGCCACAUAGCGUACGCUCUCAAACUGUGCGCUCGCGUAUUGUAUUACCUAAGGUACAUUUAUUUUUAAACUUAUCGGAAUGAGAAUCGACCACUGUAAGGGUAAAGGUCUCCCCAAACCUGUUCGCCGACUAAAAAAAAGAUCGUUAGUCCGAUUAGCGACGGCGACGCGUAACGGCUCAGCCAGUGAGCGGCGGCCAUACAUUGGAGCGAGACACAGCGAUGGGACUUUUCAUUCGCACGUAUGGAUGCCGCUCGCCGCUAGCGCGCUUAGACCAAUGUCGUGGCUGGGCCGUAAGCGUCAACAUACUAGCAAGCGAUUUUUGGUCGGCUAGAGCCGGCCCGAUUCCGCGUCGAUUGGUUUGGGGAAAACCUAAGUGUGUCAUACAAAGAAGUGUGUCUGGCCCUUACAUUCGGCCUAUUUAAACAAUCAGUCUAUAUUGAAGAGUUCAUACGUUUACCACUAAUCGUAAGUAGCAAAAGUAGGUAUGAACUCGCAAAUACACAUAUGGCAACGAGUAAAAAGUCCAGACACACGUACAGUCAGCUGCAGAGAAAAGGAGACCGCCUGCCAUACAAAUUUGUAUGCAAGGGGGGUCUACUUUUCUCUGCAGCUGACUGUAUCACCGUAUAGCACACAUACCCGUAUUGACUUUAUUUAAAUGUAGUAAAAAAUGACCAGUGGCAGGGGUUGUGCAAUGUGCAUAAAUGGGUUAUUUCAACCCUUAGCUAAUUUUUCCGAGGUGAAAGGGAACAGUGGUUCUGUAAAAGUUGGAUACAGUGGCUCACCCUAAUUCUGACACGAGGCUAUGUCCCUUACAGUAUAAACAUUAAGAUAAUUUAUACAUAUACAGUUAUAAAUGUAUCAUGUUUUGUAUGUAAUGCCCAAAAGUUUUAAAACAUUUUUCUAUCACUUUACCUUUACCAAUUUUACUCCAUCAGGGCAAGCAUGGUCGCACGAUAAAUGAGAAAACAUCAGGCCGUCCCUAUCGCACUGCUUGUAAGUGCGAUAGGGACGGCCAGAUAUUUUAUCAUUUAUCGCGCGACCAUACUUGCCUGCCAGAAAAUCUUUUUGACUGUGGAUAGGACUUAUCUUUCUGAUGCCUUUUGUAACGCUAUUCCCGCCUUGUUCUCAUUUUCCAGUAUAAAUUAGCAAUCAUAUGCAGAAAAAGUUCCAUUUAACAAUUUAAGUACCUAUAAAGUCAACCAAUUACAAGAGUAGUUUAUUUUCUUUCCGAUACGGUUAUAAUUUGUAUGGAAAUUCGUAUCAGACUCCGAGGGUUGAUCUCUUGUCGAGACGAUACGACGCUCAAAUAUAUUAUUGCAUUUACUUGUAAGUAUGCCGAGUAGGUUUCGCACAAAUAGUCGCGCCUUUCAAUCACACGAAAAAUAUUAAAAACUACUAAGAGGGUCACACUAUUCUUAGAUUUCUUAGUUGUUUUAAGACAUGAGGUUUUUAACCCUUUUUUGGAUUGAUCGAAGGUUGUUUAUUGGGUAAUAGUUGCGCUAUGUUGAUGUCUUUGGGAGCCAAAGUGUUAAGGGAUUCCAAAUAUUAUGAUCAUGGUCGUUUUACCUUGGUUGGUAUGAAUUUUAAAUAUGAUAGAACAAUUGACUAUUCGCUGUGAGUCAACACUAGAUAUGUUUAAAUGUCUAAUAGGUAUUUCAGUGAGUUUUUGUUGUGGACAAAUACCAAAAGAACUUCAUUUCUCUUGCAUUUAUGCAAGUAAAUAGAUAAUAUGUAGUUGUGGUGAUACAGUCUAGCGACUAUUUGUGCCGAGUCCGAAUUAAUGAAUGUGUCAGUGGUAUUCUAUUUAUGUACUAAAUGUGUAGUAAAUUAUUAAAACAAUGUCUAUUUUGGGCCAGAGGCAUGUAAGAAAAUAAAGUUUUCUGACAAA